CAACUGUUCCGAAGUCAGCCUCAAGGAGCCACGCCACAGCAGUUGCAGCUACUGCAGCAACAACAGCAGCAGCAACAACAGCAGUAUCUGGCUGCCUCGCAAGCCCAGCAGCAACAGCAACAGCAACAACAACAGAACUUUCCCACGGCGCCGUAUACCGUGAUCAGUGGACAGGAACCGUACGUCGGGGCAUUGAUAGCCGGUGCGCCUCCUCCAGUGGUGCCACAGUAUUAUGGAGUCGCGCCGUGGGUUUAUCCAGCCGGAUUGCUGCCGCAGGCACCUCCUCAAGCUGCCGCCCCGCCGCCACCCAGGCGACCGCUGACACCAUCCUCGGCCGCAGCCGCGGCAGCUGCCGCUCAAGACACUGCAAAUAAUUUGGCCCAGACUGUUCAGGGACAGUAUCAGGUGAUCCCGGCGUAUUACGAUCAGAAUGGAUCCAUCGUGAUGGGCGGAGUACGGGGAUUGAGCUCGGCGGCGACUCCCAUGAGAUUAGUCAGUCCGGCACCUGUUUUGGUAAAUAGAGCUCCGUCGCAGCCACCACCGGGACCACCAGCUCCACCACCGCCGAGUCUAUAUUCUCAACCAACCCCUACGUCUCACAGUAAUGCAACGCCCGGUGAAUGUUUGGGUCUGGCGGCGUGCAGUGCAGCAGCAGUGGUUGCACAGGCUCAAGCAGUCGCGGUGCAGCAGGCACAGCAGCAAGGAUCAGGACUAGCCGCAGGUUUAGCUGCACUAGGAUAUGGCGGCUCCCCUCUGGGAGCGUUGGGUUCGCCCGCUCAGCUUCAGAGCACAGGUCUAGGCCUCGGCGCUUCAUCAACUGCACGAAGAGAUUCAUUCGAUAGGAACACGUCUGCUUUUAGCCCUAGCUUGGAAUACAGUCGCGCAAAGUGGCCUCAGAGUUACGGAGCCCUAGGCACGGUAACGGCAUCGCCAAGCCCAUUAGGAUUAUCCCUAACACCACCGCCAACUUUGGGUGGGUCUUUAGGUGGACUCGUCGGUGGUCCCAGUCGAGUAUCUGCUGCUCCCGGCGCUGAAGCCAAGUUCCGUGCUAGCGCAGUUCCGGCAUUAACAGCAAACGGGGUUUUCGGUUCAAGUAGUUCUCUUUUCCCGAACUUGGUGGGCAAACCUGGCCGCGGCGGUACGACCAGCAUCGGCGACAAAAACGCCGGUGGACGGUCCCGCUUGUUGGAGGACUUUAGAAAUAACCGAUUCCCGAGUCUUCAGCUACGUGAUCUGGCCAAUCAUAUAGUCGAAUUCAGUCAAGAUCAGCACGGUUCCCGUUUUAUUCAGCAGAAAUUAGAACGUGCCUCCGCCAGCGAAAAGCAGCUUGUGUUCCAAGAGAUCCUUACUUCUGCUUAUUCAUUGAUGACCGAUGUUUUCGGAAAUUAUGUUAUUCAGAAGUUCUUUGAAUUCGGUACGCCGGAACAAAAAUCCACGCUUGCCCAAAAGGUUCGAGGACACGUACUGCCCUUGGCACUGCAGAUGUACGGUUGUAGAGUGAUUCAGAAAGCUCUCGAAUCGAUCGGACCGGAACAACAGCAAGAAAUCGUUCGAGAACUGGACGGUCACGUAUUGAAAUGCGUUAAAGAUCAAAAUGGAAAUCAUGUUGUGCAAAAGUGUAUCGAAUGCGUGGAACCACGAGCACUGCAGUUCGUAAUCGGAGCUUUCGCUGGUCAGGUGUAUUCCUUGAGUACUCAUCCUUAUGGGUGCAGAGUGAUCCAACGUAUUCUCGAGCACUGUACCCCUGAACAAACUCAGGGCAUUCUUCAAGAAUUACAUGCUGCUACUGAUCAGCUCAUUCAAGAUCAGUAUGGUAAUUACGUGAUCCAGCAUGUGCUCGAACAUGGAAAGCCGGAAGAUAAAGCGCAGUUGAUUAGCAGUGUCAGGGGUAAAGUACUUACUCUUUCUCAACAUAAAUUUGCAAGCAACGUCGUUGAAAAAUGUGUGACCCAUGCCACGAGACAAGAGCGUGCUGUACUCAUUGAGGAAGUAUGCGGAUUUAACGACAACGCAUUAAACGUCAUGAUGAAGGAUCAGUAUGCCAACUACGUGGUUCAGAAAAUGAUCGAUGUAGCAGAACCUGCACAACGGAAAGUAUUGAUGCACAAGAUCCGCCCACAUUUAGGUAGCUUGCGCAAGUACACCUACGGCAAGCACAUCAUUGUCAAGUUAGAGAAAUUUUUCAUGAAAACUGCAUCCGCAAUGGGGGUGGCAACACCUGCUGGUGCUUCGAGUGGUGGAGGUGAUCUUGGUCCUAUCGGACCGCCUGCUUCUGCUGCUGGUCCAGUAUCUACACCAGCUCAGCAGCCAACGCAGGUUUUAUAAGCGUACGAUUUCGGAAAGUAACAACUUGAGGAUCUUUGUACGUUUAAGGAAACACGUACCAAGACCUACGUAAUAUUUAUGCAACAACGUAUCGCCAUUUAAUUUUUAAUGGACGAGAAAAGAAAAAAAGAAUGCAUUUCGAUGGUGUGCCGUCUGUCACGUUGUCUUUUCUUGAAGCUAUAAAGCUG